GUUAAAUAGUUAUUUAACCAACGGGAUCUAAAGAAAGAAACAGCAGUGUUGGCGACGCACCGACGGCACAAGUGCAAACAUGAAACUGACUGUGAUCGCUGCAUUAUGCCUGUUUCUUCUUUUCAACAUUCAUCUUUCCAUGGCCAAGAAAAGACUUGGGCUUAAUCUGUUUAAAAAGACUCCCAAAACAAAAACCAAUGUGGACACCAAGUCCAAGGGUAAACAACAGUUCAACCAAGGAAGUUACCCCCAGCAGCCGGACAGACCUGGAGGCAAUCCUUACCAAGGAGGUUACCCCCAUCAGCCGGGAAACCCAGCAGGAAGCUAUCCAGCUGCUGGUUACCCUGCACAUGGCUACCCAUAUGGAGGAGGCUAUGGAGGGUAUGGUGGUCAUGGAGGGUAUCCAGGUGGACACAUGAACUACAACCCAAACAACAAAAUCCCAAGCCCUCACUAUGGAGGCAGCUUUGGAUACGGGGCCCACGGUGUGAGGGGCGGCUCUCCCUUUUCCCACUCAGUUCAGGGGAUGGGCGUUUAUCCCCAAGAUAGAUCCAGAGGGUUUGGGCGCAGUGCAGCGAUGGCAGCAGCUGGAGGCGCCAUGGCAGGAAUGGCCCUGGGCUACGGACUGGGGAGGUUCCCUCGCCCUCACUUCCCCUUCCACAACCCCCAGGAGGAGUACUACUACAACCACUACAUGUACAGGAGAUAUGGUGUCAGGUCUACUGAUACCAAUGACUAUGGCAGAGACUACAAGUACAGCCAACCCCCCCAGACCUACGACAGCUUCAUGGACUCGUGCAUGAAGAGAACAGACCUUCUGCCGGUGGAGAAUCGAAAGCCAAAACGUAACCCAGCUGCUGUAACCACCACCACAGCAACUUCCACAGCCACCACAACAGCUGCUGCACCACAUACUGGCGGCAGCAACACAACAGAGAGCAACAGCAGCACAGCAGAGAACACCUCGACCUCUUCACCUUCAACACAAAGGCCUCUUGAUGAAUCUGAAGCCAAACCUGUGCCUCCAGUUCCACAGGCUCUCAGAAAAGCAGCUUCUGAUGAGGACGAUGAUGAAGAUACAGUCAGCAUUGUGGAGAUCGGCUACCCGGCACUGAUCGGACAGAUGAAGGCAAGGAGGUGUUUGGAGCUCUACAUGGUUUACUCUGAUAAGUACUUGAAGAAAAUGACACAGCCUGGCGUCGAUGAUGGGGUGCAGGGACUGGAGAUGUGCUUGCAUGGGUUUUUAGCUCUUGUCACCAGUACCAUAGUGAUGCUACUGAACAGCAAUGUGCUAACAAUGCUUCACUUUCACCUGACAGUCAACAUGGCUAAAAAUGCCUGGCCGAAUAAGCUGACGGCUGAAAACGCCAACCUGAAGGAGCCAGAGGGUGAAAACGCCCUCAUGGAGGAGCUAGAGGCGGAAAUCGUCCACCUGAUGGAGCUUGAGGCUGAUAGCCCCCUAGAGAUGCUGAGGGCUGAAAACGCUGCUCUCAAAAAGCAGAUCACCAUCAAACAUAUUUCCAGGGGAGAAGAGAGGAAGAGGAUGGUCGAGAUGUUGGAGUCUUCUACCUCAGUUCUAUUGAAGUCCAAAGACGAACUGACCAGCUUGAAUCAGCUCGUGGAGUCUGAAAAAGCCAAAGUUAAGAAGCUGGAGAAGGAGCUCAGAAUAAUGAAAAUUAGUUUUAAACCAAAAGAGGAAGAGGUCGUCUCCCUGAAUGCAGACCUGAAGCUCCAGGAGGACAAGCUGCGGCUCUACAUCCACGUAAAUGAGAGCAGGCCCAAGGAAAUAGAGGAGGAACAUGAGGAGGAUGUAAACUCCCGUCUGAAGGAGCCAGAGGGUGAAAACGCCCUCUUGGAGGAGCUAGAGGCGGACAUAGUCCACCUGAAUGAGCAGGAGGCUGAUAACCCCCUGGAGAAGCUGAGGGCUGAAAACGCUGCUCUCAAAAAGCAGAUCACCCUCAAAAAAAUGUCUUGGGGAGAAGAGAGGAAGAAGAUGGUCGAGAUGUUGGAGUCUUCUACCUCAGUUCUAUUGAAGUCCAAAGACGAACUGACCAGCUUGAUUCGGCUCGUGGAGUCUGAAAAAGCCAAAGAGAAGAAGCUGGAGAAGGAGCUCAGAAAAAUGAAGAUGAACGUUAAAGUCAAAGAGGAAGAAGUCAUCUCCCUGAAUGCAGACCUGAAGCUCCAGGAGGACAAGCUGCAGCACUGCAUCCGCGCGAAUGAGGGCAGGCCCGAAGAAAUAGAGGAGGAACAUGAGGAGGAUGUAAACUGCCUUCUGAAGGAGCCAGAGGGUGAAAACGCCCACCUGGAGGAGCUAGAGGCGGAAAUCGUCCAACUGAAGGAGCUUGUGGCUGAUGACCCCCUGGAGAAGCUGAAGGCAGAAAACGCUGCUCUCAAAAAGCAGAUCACCAACAAAAAAUUUUCCUCGGGAGAAGAGAGGAAGAAGAUGGUCAAAGUGUUGUUGUCUUCUACCUCAGUUCUAUUGAAGUCUAAAGAUGAACUGACCAGCUUGAUUCGGCUCGUGGAGUCUGAAAAAGCCAAAGUUAAGAAGCUGGAGAUAGAGCUCAGAAAAAUGAAAAUGAGUUUUAAACUAAAAGAGGAAGAGGUCUUCUCCCUGAAUGCAGACCUGAAGCUCCAGGAGGACAAGCUGCGGCACUACAUCCUCGAAAAUGAGGGCAGGCCCGAGGAAAUAGAGGAGCUGCAAAAAAAAAUUAGAUAUCUAGAUGAAAGGUGGUCCAUCGAGCUCGAAGAGUCCCCAGAAAAGGAAAUCAAGCUGGAGGAUGACAUUAAACUCCCGAUCCAGCAGAACAUUGUGAUUCAGGCCUUGAAGACCGACAGCUUCUCGGAGAGGGGCAAGAUGAAGAUUAAUCCAUUAUCUGUGCUGGGUCUGUUGCUAAUCUUGUUUCACACCCAUUCUUCACUGGCUAAGAGAGGAGGCGGCAGCUUUGGGAAAGGCUUCAGCGCCAAGAAGCUCCCAUCAUGGAAUCGAGGCAACACUAAUACCGGCAGCAAGAAUAAUCCAGGCUCCAACUCGAGGGGUGGAUACCCCAAACAGCCGGGACAAACCAAUCAAGGGGGCAGACCUGCGUAUCCGGGCAGUUACCCUCGGCAGCAGGGUGGAGUGGGGUAUCCAGCACAUGGCUCCCCGUAUGGAAGAGGUUAUGGAGGUCAUGGAGGGUAUCCAGGUGGAUAUAUCAACCAAAACCCAAACAACAAAAUCCUGAGCCCUCACUAUGGAGGCAGCUUUGGAUACGGGGGCCACGGCGGUAGGGGGGGCUCUCCCUUUUCCCACUCAGUUCGAGGAAUGGGCGUUUAUCCCCAAGAUAGAUCCAGAGGGUUUGGGCGCAGUGCAGCGAUGGCAGCAGCUGGAGGCGCCAUGGCAGGAAUGGCCCUGGGCUACGGGCUGGGGAGGUUCCCUCGCCCUCACUUCCCCUUCCACAACCCCCAGGAAGAGUACUACUACAACCACUACAUGUAUAGGAGAUAUGGUGUCAGGUCUACUGAUACCAAUGACUAUGGCAGAGACUACAGGUACAGCCAACCCCCUCAGACCUACGACAGCUACAUGGUCUCGUGCAUGAACAGAUCAGACAUUCUGCCGGUGAAGAAUCGAAAGCCAGAGCUCAACCCAGCUGCCACCACCACCACCACAGCUGCUGUCGUCUCUUCAGCAGCAGACACUGUCACAGAUAACAAGACGUCAGACACCAACAGCACUGCCGAGGAGAACUACUCGACCCCCUCACCUUCUACUCCUCACCCUCCUAAUCAGCCUGAAGCCCGGCCCGGGCCUCCAGCUUCACCGGCCGUCAGUGACGAUGAGGAGGAGGACGACACAGUCAGCAUGGUGGAGAUCGGGUACCCGGCGCUGAUCCAGCAGCUGAAGGCCCGCAGGUGUUUGGAGCUGUACAUGGUUUACUCUGAAAGGUACAUGAAGAGAGAGACCGGAGGGGCGGAGGGACUGGAGAUGGGAUACCGAGGGUCUUUAGCACUGGUCACCAGUGCUUUACUGAUGCUACUGAACAGCAACCUGCUGACGCUGCUGCACUGAAGCCUUCAUUAAAAUGAUUAUAAUUUUAAGUUCCAUGUUUAAAUUUCCAAAGUGAAUGUAAGAGGCCAGAUCAUAGAGCCACAGUUUAUUUUUCAUUUCGCUAAUUUUGUCACAAUAUCUAGAAAAAAAUUUAAAUAUCAAAAAAUAAGUUAAAAUGUCCAAUCUAAUGAGAGUUAAAAAAAUAAAGUGCAAAUGCAGAAUAAAGUUGAAAUGUAGAUAAUAAACAUAUUCGUUUUUUCAAGAUUAAAGCAGAACUUUUGAGAGUACAUCAAACUACUAACGUCCCAAACAAGGGUUUCUUUCUCUUCUAGCUCAUAAACACUUGUAGAGAUCGGUGUAAAAAAAUGUCUACUGCUGAUUUAGAUCCACUUAUUUUCAGAAUUUCAAAUUUACUCUUGAAAUGUCAAAGGACGAAACAAUAUUCCUCCUCAUUUCUUUCUUACAGUGCUUUUUAAAAUUAUUCAAAUAUUAACUGAGGGGCCUCAGCCUCAGAGAAGCACAGAUCUUUGUCUUAAUAUUUAUGAAUAUUACCAAGUUUUUCGAAUUUUUUCUAGAUACACUUCCUUCCCUCCGUCUUGUCUUCUUCUUAUCUACCCACAACAUUUGCCUUUCUUUAGUGUCAUCUCACAUUUGUUGAAUGUAUUGUCACCAAGCCUGGAUAUCGAAAUAUGCACAGCAACUUUUCUAAUCAUGUAAAAUGAUUAAAGAACUAUUUAUAUGUAUCGUGUGAAGUUCUAAUCAGAAGCAGUUCAUUGUAGAAUUUUCUAAUUUUCUAAAACAAGCAGGCAUCACAGAAAUUUAAAAAACUUUUCUUAAUAAGCAUUAUUCAAGUUUUGAAAAUGGACAAUUUUUAAGAACCUUCAGUACAAAAACAAAUUAGCUUUUACUUUGAUUUGUGGGUAAAUAAAUGUGACUUUACUGGUCCAAUAAAAACCAUGUCAAUCGUGUUGGAAUAAAACCUGUUGUCACAUAGAACGUGUGAGUUUGACAUGACACAGAGAAAAGAUGAGGCUGAAGGGAACAUCCAUAUUUUGCUUAUGAGAAGAUUUCUCCUCCAUUUUAGAUUAUGUAGCCAGGUAGAGGCAGCAGGAGUGACACCAGCCUUAGAUUUUAGUACAAACGUAAAAUCUCAUGUCCCUUACUCAUCAUCCCCUGGUAAUUCAUAACUAUAAUAACAAUGUACACAUUUUAGUUUAAACAGACAAACAGUGGACGGGGACGAGUGGUGAAAAACUCCAGUGUAGCUUUAAUGUGUUGUUAAAUGUGUGUUAUCUUGUGUCUGGAUGUAAAAUCGCACAUGUAUCAUGUGUAACGACGUUAAUAUCUUCUCCUGUGAGAUGCACUUAUCUUUACUCACUUGAGUUUUGUCAUAUGACAACAAGCAUGAUGAUAAAAAAGCGUUUGAUGAGAUGCAUUUGAUGACUUUGAUCUCCUGUGAAACCAAAAGUGAAAUUUAGAUAAUCUGAUUUGUUUUUUAAACGGCUCAAGCUCAAAGUGUUUCACACUUGUUUCAUAGAAAGACAUUUGGUGUUUAAUUAAUUUAUCUGGAUUUGAUUUCCACGGAAAGCUGAAGAAAGAAAUAAUAUAAGUUUUUACUUAAUUAGUGGGUCUUUCUCUUACUUAACUGUGUUUUUAACCCAUCAGUUGUGUCCCUCGUGCAGUUUAUGUUUCGUGUGAUUAAGUUUUGAAGAAAUUCAACAUGUUUAUUGAUGGGAAGGUUGAUUGGGUCAUUUUUAAUCUGGUGUGAGCCCUAAAAAAUGGGGACGUGAUUAAUUAAA